AUGUUGUCGACGACGAAGGAAACAUUAUUUUUCCAGGGCUUGGAGAUACUUAUUUCAAAGCAAUGGAGAAAGAAUUUAAAUAAAUGUAAUUUUCUUACCACUACUGCUGAGCCUUGCCAACCAGCAGCCAAUGACCCUGCGAUUAUUCCUGAUGUUCCGAAUCCCAAAAGUGGCAAUGCACUAGCUCCUGCGAUACAGCCA